AUACACACACUCGUGCGCUCAUAUACACACGCACGCACGCACGCACGCACGCACGCACCCUUUCCUCCUCCCCUUGGCCGGGGGGGAAUGGCGUUGUCUCCGUCGAUGCGAGAAGAACGGACGGCAGGAAGUUGACUCGUGGAGGGAGCGAGGCGGCGAGACGAACCACGAGAGAGAGGAGCAGAAGAACCGAGAGCGGGGAAAAUGUCGUGGAAGAGGAACUACUUUGCGUCCGGCGGCGGUGGCGGUGGAAGUGGCGUUGGCAGCGGUGGAGGUGGUGGCAGCGGGAUGCCGGGGAUGUUGACGCCUCGCAACGUGACGUCCAUCGCUCCGAGUAAAGGGCUGAGCAACGAGCCGGGACAGAACAGCUGCUUCCUGAACAGUGCCCUGCAGGUUCUGUGGCACCUCGACAUCUUCAGACGCAGUUUCCGCCAGCUGACCAAUCAUAAGUGCAUGGAGGACUCGUGCAUUUUCUGCGCUCUGAAGAGCAUCUUCGCCCAGUUUCAGUACAGCAGCGAGAGAGUUCUGCCGUCGGACGCUCUGCGCAGCGCGCUCGCCAAAACCUUCCAGGACGAGCAGAGGUUUCAGCUCGGCAUCAUGGAUGACGCUGCAGAGUGCUUCGAAAACAUCUUGAUGAGGAUUCACUUCCACAUCGCAGACGAGACCAAAGAAGACAUCUGCACGGCCAGACACUGCAUCCCGCACCAGAAGUUCGCCAUGACGCUCUUCGAGCAGUGUGUGUGCAGCAGCUGUGGAGCGUCCUCAGAUCCGCUGCCCUUCAUUCAGAUGGUCCACUACAUCUCCACCACCUCGCUGUGUAACCAGGCAGUGAAGAUGUUGGAGUCGAGGGAGAAGGCGACUCCCAGCAUGUUUGGCGAGCUGCUGCGAAACGCCAGUAUGGGAGACCUGCGCAGCUGUCCCAGUCAGUGUGGCCAGCAGCUGAGGAUGGCUCGCGUCCUCCUCAACAGUCCCGAGAUCAUCACCAUCGGGCUGGUGUGGGACUCGGAUCACUCGGACCUGGCCGAGGACGUCAUCCACACCCUGGGAACCUGCCUGCGGCUCGGAGAUCUGUUUUACAGAGUGACGGAGGAGAAGGCGCGCCAGGCGGAGCUCUACCUGGUCGGCAUGGUGUGUUACUACGGGAAACAUUACUCCACCUUCUUCUUCCAGACCAAGAUCAGACGAUGGAUGUACUUCGAUGACGCACACGUCAAAGAGAUCGGUCCCAAGUGGAAGGACGUUGUUUCUCGCUGCAUCAAGGGCCACUACCAGCCGCUGCUGCUGCUCUACGCCGAUCCGCGAGGGACGCCCGUGUCGGCCCAGGACGCGCCCUCGCGCUUCCCCCUCCACAGCCUCAACAAGGCCUGCUACGACAGCGAGGACUCGGGCCGCGAGCAGUCGAUCUCCAGCGACACUCGCACCGAUUCGUCGACGGAGAGCUACUCGUCCCGACAGCCCUCCCACUCACACCAUGAGUCCCUGGCCAGCCACUACUCCUCCGACUCCCAGGGAACCGUCAUCUGCACCGAGCGCGCCGAGGGACCGCUGCACGCCUCGCUCGGCAGCCUGGAUACCGUAGGCCACGUGACGGACAGCGAGCAGCACCGGUCUCCGAGGAAGGGAGGCAGGGCCGGAGAUAGGAGGCGAAGCUCUAGCCGCCACCGCCGGUCUAAACCCGACAACGAAGCCCCGUCGGCUGGGUACCACAGCGAGGGUGAGACGUUAAAGGAGCAGCAGGUUCCUCGCCACCUCCCCAAACCUUCCUCCUCCUCCUCCUCCUUUUCUUCCUCCUCCAGUCGUCUCCGAGACUUUAAGGAGACCAUGAGCAACAUCAUCCACAGCCGCCCGCUCUCCUCCUCUUCCUCCUCUUCUCUGCCCGCUGCCGUCCUCGCCUCUGACAUCACUUCCUCCUCCAAAAACAACAACAACCACAACCAGGACAUCUACGCGGCCUCCUGUCCCUCCGCCGCUGCAUCCCGGGACUGGGAGGCGGACAGCACCGGCAGCGAGUCCAAGUCCAGCUGCUCGGGCGGAGCGGGGUCGGGGGGGUACCGGCCGGCGUGGCGCCCGCGCAGGGAGGCACUCAACAUCGACAGCAUCUUCACCCGCGAGAGGCGGCGGCAGGCGGGGUACAGCCCGCUCGCCGCCCCGCUCAACGACGAGGCUGGAGCACCAGAGGAGGACGUUAGCUCUGUCACACAAAGGCCGGGCUCCUCCUGGACUCUCCCCAACUUCUCCUCCAGCAGAAGCUGCGUCAGAGCCCAACCAGGAAAUGGAAGAGGAAGUGGCGUGGAUGCAGAGCUCCCUCCCCCCCCUCCUGCUCCCCCUCGGCUGAUCCAGAGGAUGGAGAGCGGAUACGAGAGCAGCGAGAGGAACAGCAGCAGUCCCGUCAGCCUGGACCUGAACCCCGCCGACAGGGAGUGUGUCCUGAAGAAGCCUUCCUCCUCCUCCUCAUCCUCGGGACCGUCCUGGAGGAACAACCGGUCGAAGAGCAGCGGCGCUUUGCUGCAGGAGCUGGGCUCGUCCAGCAGGGGGAGCCUCGCAGCGCCCCCUGCGGGCCCCAGCGAGCUGGACCAGCUGCAGGAGGAGGUGCAGAGGAGAGCGAGGGAGGAGGAACAGCAGCGACGGCAGGAGAAGGAGAGGGAGGCGGCGCUCGGUUUCAACCCCCGACCCAGCAAGUACCUGGACCUGGACCAGCUGCAGAUCCAAGGUAAAGGUGACAGCUUUGAGAGGUGUGUGUCGGAGGCGGAGCUUCUGCUGGACCAGUCGGUGCGUCUGGAGCAGGCGGGAGAGGUCGCCGCUGCGCUGUCGGUGGUCAACGAAGCCGUCUCCAAACUGCAGCUGGCGGCGGCCGAGGGCGGAGCUGGUAGUCACAGCCGGCUGCAGCGCUGCCUGAGGAGAGGCCGCAGCCUGCAGCAACGCAUCCUGCAGCAGCAGCCGGACUCAGAGGCUGCAGGCAGACUGCAGAAGGAGCAGGAACAGCCCAGUGAAAAGCCUCUCUCGCUCCAAAUUCUUCUGACAGCGAGCCAGGGCGACCAAUCAGCUUCCAGUCUGGACCAGCAGGCCCCACCUCUCUCCCCCUGCCUCGUUAAGCCCCUCCCUCCAAAAACGAACUCUCUGUCGGACCUUCCCUCGGGCACCGUGGCCCCUACAGGUUCACCCAGGGAGGACGGUAGGACCGGAGGCCCCUGCUCUCGCUUCGGGAAACCCCUGGGAGAGGUGGCUCCUCCCCCUCCACCUGAGGAGGUGGAGCAUCGCGCCCAGUGGCCCAGAACGCCUUCUGUCUCUAUCCUAUCACAGGCCCUGCCCCCGUCACCUGUUCACACCAUCGACAGGAGUCAUGUGAGGAUGGACGAGGCGCCAUUUUACCCCCGACAACCCCCGACAACGCCCCCUGCAACUUCUUUCCCAACACGGAGUUGGUCCUGCUUACACCCAGCUGAUGUCGUUGAUUCUCCCGUUGACCCACCAGUCGUCCCGCCAGUCGUCCCGCCAGUCGUCUCGCCCCUUUACUUGCCCCCAGAUUCCCCCCCGCCCCCUGGCCAGGACUUCCGAGCGGCCCUGCCUGUGGAGCGCUGGGCGGAGAACGUCAACAGAUACUACGGCUCCGAGAGGGCAACGGGCGGAGCAGCGUUGCACGGCGAGGAGCUGUCGGAGCUGGAGUCUCUGUACCAGGCGAGCCUGCUGGCUCCCAGCAUGCACCGGGGCAGCCGAGGAGUCAGUCCUCAGCCAACAAGCAACAAACAAGGUUUGAGGAGAAUGCUGUCAGGAUCUGGACGGUCCAAAACACCGACGGCUGAGAUCGAGAGACACGCCUACAGAUCACCAGUUACACCUCAUAAGCCUCCGUCUGGUGAAGACGAGAGCUACAGUGCAGCCAACCUGCGACGCCUCGCACGCAGCCUCAGUGGAACCGUCAUCGGGUCCAGACCCCAAAACCUCGGCUCCUCCCACAGCUGUGAGCCCUCUGUGUCCCUCAGACACUCCUCCUCUUCCUCCUCCCUCCUCCGUCGCCCCAGCAACCCCUCCUCCCCCUCCUCCACUACAGAUCCCUCCCUCCAUCACCUCCUCCGUCACCUCCCCCCCUCGCAGACACCCCGGCCCCCGACGGAGGGCCUCUCCUCCUGGGGACACUCAGGAUCUGGCUCCGCCCCCCAGCAGCCCUUCAUGGUUGUAUCUGACCGGCGUCCGUCUCUCUCGGGUCAAAGCCUCCACAGCGUCCCGCUGAGUUACGCCACUCUGCCUCGAGGUCCUCGCCGAGCUCAGCCUCCCCCCUCUGCCCCCCCCUCCUCCUCCUCCCUCCCCCGUGGCGUCUCCGGCCCCGCCCCCCCUCCUCCACACAGUCUCUACGCCACGCUGUCUCACCCUCGACGCACUGCCGCAUCCAACGCUCACCGCCGGCAGCCAUCUCUGCCCGGUACACUCGACGGCUCCGCCCCCGCCCAGCCGCUGCGCCUAGAUGUUCCCCCGGAGACCGACUGGCGCCGAGACACCAACUACAGGACCGUGUCUUCCUCCUCCUGGGACCCCCGCGCCGCACGCGGCCACCAGUCGCUCCAGCGGACGGCCGCCCGCCAGACGCCACUGCCGCGGCUCUGCUUGCUCUGCCAGCAGCUUCCUGCCGAGCCAACGCGGCCCUACUGCCCGUCCUGCAGCGCCUACGUGGCUCGCAUCGCGGACGCCACUCUUAGGAGCGUGCAUCGCCGAUGAUGACGCACAUCGAUUUAGAUUCACAACUUCCCGAUUUGAUUACACUUGUGAUUCGGCUCCAUGUCAGUAAUGUCAGGGAACAUUUUAGUUACAAAAGACCCAGUUUUGACCCUUUCUCCCUAAAAUAUUCAAACUUUUUCUCCAAAAUGUUUUUGCCUGGAUAUAAACUAAUACUUGUGUAUGUCUGAGGCCCCCAAAAGGACUUUUUACUUCUAUAUCUGUGGUGAAAUGGCAGAUAUAGAAAUAUUCUUUUAUGGAUCAGAUCACUCAAACAAAGAUCCAUUUUAAACUGUUUGAACCCAGAA